CAGCCGCUUUCUCUUCUCCACUUCCGGUUUAAAGUGUCAUGGCAGCUGUUUGCACACAAUCAUCUCUCUAUCGGUAAUUUUAUAUUGUUUAUUCUAGAUUGUCUCAUACAGAAGCGACAUUUCAAGUUUGGAAUUAUAACACUCGAGUUCCUGCGUGAUAUAGACAUCAUUACAACGACCAUAGGUGGUGAGACCAGUGGAUCUAGGAAGAUGUUUCUUCUAUUUUAAAAUACACGUAAUCACUUUGGAAGAGCCAUGGAAAAGUUUGGGAUGAGUUUUGGGGGUGGGCCCAGCAGAAAGGAGCUUCUUGAGACUGUAGAGUCCCAGAAAAAGCAGCUUGUACAAUAUCAGACCCGUUUUAGAGAUGUGGUACGUGCAUAUAAGAGCUUACUGAAAGAAAAAGAGGCACUGGAGGCUAGCCUUAAAGUCUUGUCAGUUUCUCAGGAUGUGGACCGAACUCAGCAAAAUCUUGACAUGAGGGCUGAUCUUCCUGAUGAUCGCUGUUCUUUGCACAGUGAAGACAGUGUUGAUACUGCAGCAUCUAUGGAUGUACCUGUAAGUGACUCUGCCAGAGAGGACCAAAGUGAAGAAGAGCAGGCAGAGCCCCCUGCUGAGGCUAGUGGCGCUGAGAGUGGAGUCAUCUCACUCACAAGCAGCAGUGGAAUUGGUGAGCAGCAGCGAGCCACUCCUCCACCAGGCACAGAGGCUGAUCGUCGUGUUGUACAACUGAAGGCUCAACUGAACACUCUCACCAGUUCUCUGGCAACAGUGACACAAGAGAAGUCCCGGAUGGAGGCUAGUUUCUUGGCUGACAAACGAUUGCUAAAGCAGGAGGUGGAAGACCUGCAAGAGCAGCUUCAGAGUUUGAAGAAACAACAUGAAACAGAGCUUCAAACUCUGCAGGAGCAGCUGGCAGAGAGCCGUGCUCGGAUCAUCACACAGCAACAUGAGAGGGGUCUGGAGCAGGGAGACCACGCUCAACAGCUGCGAGAGCUGCAGAGGCUCCUGCAGCAGGAGAGAGCCCUGAGGCAGGAUGCAGAACUGAGGCGCCAAGACACCGAGCUGCGUCUCCAGGAGGCUACAGCCGCGCUAGUGCUGACGUCUCAGGCUAUAGACCGAGGGGCAGAGUCAGAGGCUCACCUAAACCUGUUAAAGGAGGAAAGAGUUGAGCUGGAGAGAAGACUUCAGGCAGCUGAGGAGGUCCAAAAGAAACCUGAUCCCAGAGUGGAGGAGCUACAGCAGGAGCUGACAGAGCUCAAGAAGCACUUUCAGCAGCAGUUGCAGAAUGAGAACAGAAAGGUGUGUGAGGUGGAGGAACGUGAACGUGAGCGUGCCCAGGCUGAGGAGCAGAGAGUGGCAGCACUAGAGCAGCAGGUGUCUGAGCUGUCUGAGCUCCUCGGCUCUGGUGAGAAAGCAAAGCAGAGGGACCAGCAGACUAUUCAGAGACUUAGAGACCGAAUACUUCAGCUGGACACAGAGAACAAGACACUGGUCAUUGCUGCUUCGAGCAGGGUGACCUCAGAUAUCUUUGCAGAUGAAACUCAGCUGGAUGUGACAGCGCUUAAGGAGAAGCUGGAAAAGGUAAAAAAGCUGCUUGUGCUAGCGGCUCAGAGAAACCCAGAGCAAACUACAAACAUUGAAGCCCUAAUGGAUACAGAUAUAGAGCUGUGCAAAGAAAAAGCCUCAACACAGUACUACCAGCAGGAGCUCAACAAGGUGAAGGAGGAGUUUGAACGGUACAAGGUGAGGGCACAGGUGGUGCUAAAGAACAAGAACGCUAAAGAUGGCUCCCAGACCAAAGAGCUGGAGGAGGUGAGAGAUCAGCUGGCUGAACUCAAGGAGAAAUACAUUAGUCUGCGCAUUCAGAGUGACGAGGCUGAGGCCAAACACCGCAAGGAGCUGGAGGAACGGCAGCAACAAUCCAUCUCACUACAGCACAGUCAUAAACAAGAAGUAGAGCGAUUAGAAGCUCUGCAUCGUGAAAACCUCCUUAAACUAGAGGCAGAGCUGCACAAACAGAGAGAGCGGACCAUGGCCCUGCUGGAUGAGAAGGACAAAGAACUGGAAAACCUCAGAGCGGUGGCUUUGAGCUACAGCCUGUCUCCACGAGGAUGUCACAGCAGUGAUGGCACUCGCCCAGUGGACAGCCUAGACCUGACAGAAGUGUAUAGUGAGGAGGACAUCUUCAGCCAGGCCUUGCUGCGAGCCACACCCAAUGAACCAACAAUACUGUUAUAUGCAGAGCAACUGGCCAGAAAGGAGGUGGAGACAGGAGCUCUACGUCGCCAGAAGCACCAACUUGAGGAGGAUGUCCACCAGCUCCAGGCCAGACUCAUUGCUAAUGGAGAACGUCACGAUGAGGAGGUGGCUGAUCUGAGAGAUCAACUUGACAAACUGCUAAGAGACCAGAGUCGGGAGGGUGCAAAUCUGGAGUAUCUGAAAAAUGUUAUCUUUAAAUUUCUAACUCUGCAGGAUGCAAGUGGUCGUCAACAGACUCUUGGUGCCAUCCUCACCAUCCUACACUUCAGUCCUCAAGAAAAACAGACUGUGUUGAGACAGCAGACUGGGCCAUGGUGGAGCACUGCAAAGAAAUAGGCGUCUAUCUUUUAAUCUAUCAGAAAAGUUAUAGAAAACUUUGUUUUAUUAGCAUAACAUAAUUAAUGAAUACAGGUUGGCAU